UUGUCGAUUCGCAGACGUGGCAACUCGUCGGCGGUUCGAGGAGUGAACCAGCGAAUAUAUUUACUCCGGAGCGAACGAAGCUACGCCAGAUACUAAUACCCCCCGGGACAAGGCAAAGGAAACCCAGGACUAUGAGGAGGCUUCUGAUCUUGUUGGGUCUGUUGGCGCUGGCUUGCCUCGUCGCCUGCAACGCCGACGCAGAACCCCAUUUGCCUUUCUUAGGUGGUCUGGGGGGCUUCGGCGGUCGGGGCUUCGGCGGUCGGGGCUUCGGCGGUCGGGGCUUCGGCGGUCGGGGCUUCGGCGGUAGAGGUUUCCGGAGAGGGCGAGGAGGUCGAGGAGGUUUCGGAAGAGGCUUUGGGUUCGGAGGUCACCAUGGGUUUGGAGGGCACGGAGGCCAUUCGACGCUCCCUUUCUUUGGCGGCCAUCAUCACUGACCUUUCAACACUAAUGGCGGGCGAGUCAAGAACCUCUUUUAUGAUUCUCUUCCUUUCACUAUAACGAAGGAAAAGUAGCUGAUAUGGUGUGUUUUAUUCUCGCUCUGCAUUGUCUUGUAUCUUCCAAUGGUAGAUACGGUGUGUGUUAUGGUGAAUAAAGCUUUGGAAGUUUG